CUGGCGCACAUACUCCCACACACAGAGACGAGUGUGCGACUACACGCCAAAGUAGUUCUUCGAAUUUUCCAAUUUAUUUUGUAGCCUUUAAAAAAGGAUCAAUUAUUGAAGCGUAGAAAAAAUGUGUCGCAUAAGUGGUGCCAAUAAAAUGUUUGCAAUCAUCGUUUUCUGCUGCUUGGCUUCGGCUUAUACGCAGGCGGCCAUUACCAACAAUUCGCCGCGUCCCAAUAACCAAUACUCGGGCUACCAGCCAAAUGAUGCAUCUGCUGCGGCAUAUUUUACAAAUAAUCAAAAUCAAUAUGUACAUAACAAUCAUAUUGGCAGUGGCAGUCAGCAACAACAACAACAGGAUAUUGCGGAAAAGAAUGUUUUAGAUCGUUUCCACCAUCGUUUCCCGGAUGGCAGCUACGAGUUCCGUUAUGAAUUGGCUGAUGGGACGGCGCGGUAUGAACGUGGCUACUUCCUAAUCUAUGACAAAAUAAAGACUCUGGUCGUGGUUGGUUACUACUCCUACCGUCAAACCGAUGGACGUUACAUCACUGUCUUCUAUAAUGCCGAUCAAAAUGGCUACAGACAGAAUCAAUCUAUUACUCCACAAGUCUACCCCAACUUACCGCGUUCGAUUGAGGUGCCACAAUUCAAGGAGGGUGUCGAUUAUGCCACAGAGAGCCCAAACAAGGGACGCAACUAGAUAAGUGGCUUUCUGUUUAAGAAUCAGUAUAUAUGACCUAAAACUUAUGAAGCGAAAAUAACAACAGUAUUUACAUAAACUUAAAAAACCUAACACGAGAUUAAAAGUGCCUUUUAUAUUAAAGUAACUAUAUUGGUUUUUUAAUAAGAAAUAUAAGGCUAUUACUA